AUGGAAGGCUACGCCCGAAUAGCAGAACAGACAUCGUAUCACCCGUCUCUUGGCAUCUAUCGGCGCUUCGCCGCGCUCAACGCACAGAACAUCCUCUACUUGCAGGCCGAAAUCCACGAGCUCGAAGCUGAUCUACGUAGCUACGCUGCCGCCGACGCCGCACAACCAAAGCACACCGCGCGUGCCCACUACAGCAGAAAUUGGCACAAGCUCGCACGUGCUCAGGGGGAAGACCGCCAGCAAUGGCACACCAUCGAGACCCUCCGCGCGAAACUAAAAGAGUACAACGAACUCCUCACUCAGCAAGCCCUGAUUGCCCGCUACUACCGUAAACCACGGCACUAUGACCUCGACGUCUUACGCAGCUGCUUCAAGGAUGCCGCAAUGCCGGACUGGUACCUUUUGGGGCUGGACAGCACCAUUUGGGAUGAUCCAUCACUGGCCCACGACCUCAUCUCUCUGGACCCCAACGACCCGGACGCAGAUGACAAGUUGACGCAAUGGAUUUCGUCACACCUCGUGGAGCCCUUUCACCAAUUGAUAGGGCGGCACUUCAAGAAGGCACCGCCGGCGUUUGGCAACGAGGCCUUCGUCGAAUACUCCGACAAAGGAAUUGUGAAGUUCUCCAGUCUGUUGGCGACGGUCAUAUCCUCGGUAUUUCCAGUCCUAGGCGUCAUUAUCCUGUUCUUCGUACACGAUUUGUUGGCGCGAAUUGGCAUCAUUGCGGGACUCACUGCUGUAUUCUCUUUUUGUUUGGCAAUUGUGACGAAGGCGAGGAAGGUGGAGAUCUUUGCGGCAACGGCUGCAUUCUCGGCCGUGCUGGUGGUCUUCCUGGGUGCCGAUUGA